UUCAGAGAAACGCAGAGAGGAACAAAUAGGCUGAUCUGAGCGCAGAAGCUGUCCAGUCUGCUCCGCCAGCCGAGAGCCUCAGACCACAGGAGUGAGGACGCCAUCAUGGAGAAGAAGGGUAUCCUGAAAACCAGCAAAAGGGUGAGCGUACUGCUGAAGGAGGACGGCAGCACCACCCAGAGCAGCUCUAUUUGUGCUGUGCGCUGGACCCUUCCUGAGGAGGACCACCAGGCUCACAGCUCGGCCCCCACCAGAUCAUCACCAGCCAUCGGUGUCGCCAAAUACGCGCAGCAGCACACACAUAAGAGCAGCCUGAAGGAACUGCGCAGCCUGCAGGAGUGCGUGCAGUUCAUCAAUCACUGGAAGGAGCAGGUGGACCAAGUGUGCAGGCAGGGCAGAGACAAUCCGGGUGAGGGAUCCAGCUCAGACCCGCGUACUGAUCACAGUCUGGAGGAGAGCAGGAAACUGAUCCUGGAGUGGGCUGACGAACUCCACCACGUCGACAAGCUCCUGAAGGACACCCCCGAGAGCGAGGGGCUUGAAAACAAAAAAGAUGAAGACGCCAGUGAGGAGGCCCAAGAGCGGAUCAUGGAGUGGGCCAGGGAGCUGCACAAGGCGACCGAGAACUGCGGCGUGCAGAGCGAGGAGCUCGGCAAAGUGCUGCGUCUGCUGGGCCUGAAGAAGAAGCGGCUGGUCAACGUGCUGCCGCUGCUCGAGUUCAUCACCUGGUCUCUGCUCAAAGAAGACAAUCCGGUGAUGAUUCCAAAGUUGUGGCUGCUGGCAAAGCAAAAAACCUGGAAGUCAGGAAUUGCGAGAUACAUCCCCCACUCAGUUUGGAGUUGGAUCUGCAGCGCAGCAGCUGAUGUGACCCUCGACCCGAUGACCAACCACCCCUGGCUGCAGCUGUCAGACGACCAGCGUAUGGUCCAGGAGGGCCACUCAGAGACCGACCAGCCCGACAGCAGCCAGAGAUUCGACACCUGGACCGCCGUGCUGGGCUGGGAGGGCUACAGCCGCGGCCGCCACUACUGGGAGGUCGACAUAGCCAACAACGGCUACUGGCGCAUUGGAAUGACCACCGCCGAGUCCAAACGUAGCGGCCGCUUCCCCAUGACCCCGAAGCAGGGCUACUGGGUGCUGUGGCGCAGCACCAAUCACUUCUAUGCCUGCACCAAGCCGGAGUCGCCUCUGCCGGUCGGCAUCGUGCCCAGACGUAUGGGCAUCUACUUGGACUACGAAGAGGGCCAGAUCUCCUUCUACAAUGCAGAGACAAAGUCGCACAUCUACACCUUCACGGGAACCUUCAGAGGGAAGCUGUACCCUCUGUUCGCCCCGCUGGAUGGCCGCACACUCAUGAAGAUCACGCUGCCGCACAAGGUCUCUGUGAACUGAGACCCUGUGAACGACUCUCACUGGACAUUUGGAAGAAUUCACUUUGAGAAACAAAUUCAUACAAAGAUUCCUUAUUGUAUGUUGGGGGGGCAUCAGUUCGAUUGUCAAUUAAUUGAAAAGCAUCAACUCUGACUCUGAGAACCACCAAGUUAUGUAGGAUCUCUCUUGAAUUUGGCUUCUCUCUUAAUGUUACUUUAAAUACUUUAAAUCCUGGGGGGCUUCCAUCGUAGCGAUUAAAUCGGGAGAACACUUUGAAGUCUAGAAGGCACCCAGAGAUAGCCAGCGGCAAACAAAAUACAAAGAUGCAAAAACAAUACUGCUUUUGUUUUCUCCCCUUUAAACUGACUUUAAAAAUCUCUUCAGCCAAAGUUGAAAACUGACGAGUAGAGACGAGGACGUAGACCGAACCACGUCAAAGUGCUGAUGACAGAACAAGUCAGUCGUAUCUGAUCACAGCACUCUAAGAAAAUGUCUUCAAGGACACAAAUGUAGACUUUUUUUAUAUUAGACCCUGAGAGGCACAAGCUAUGAAAACUCAACUCUGAGUAGAAAAUAAAGAUAUUUAUUUAAGAAAAUGAAAUCAUGUGGAAUAAGGCAGGUUGAAGAUGAAGCUGCGAUUUGUCGAGAACAAUUUUUACAGCAUGAAAAGUGUGAACACACUCUGCAUCUAAACGCGUGCGUGCACUUUACAAUGCACUUUCCUUUAAUUGUUUCAUGCUACAUGUAUCUCUCUUCAAUAAACGCCUUUGAAAACCUG